AUGGAGAACAAGAUCAUUAAGUAUAAGGAUGACUGUAACAAAUGUGGGAAAAUGAAGUCUGAAGCGAGCACAGGAACCACGUCUCAGGUGCAAACAGUGGUCAAGCAGGCCUGCGUAGCGAUGCAGUGCACAAAGCUCCACUCCCCAGCAUACAGCCUGCAGUCUGACAUUAUCAAGAAGGCUGUGGUGGACAGACAUCGGAUGUGUCAGAAGAUGGUUGUGGCCACGGGCACUACACAGAUGCAAGUAACUGUCGGGCAGGUGACGCCCAUGUUCAACAAUGCCAAGCUCCACCCCCUCAGGUGCAGUGCCCAGCCUGAAGUUGGGAGGAAGAAGGUGGAGAAAACCAAACCGACUGACCUGGUGCAGAUACCCUGCAAGCAGGAAACAGCCAGACAGGUGGUGGCGAUACUGAACAACCCAAAGCUCCUCUCCCUGAAGUGCAGCAUCAUGCCUGAUGUCAGAAAAAAGAUGGUAAAGAGCAACGUGCAGGCAGACCAGAGAGAGAAGUCAAAGGUCAGAGUCCCAUUGAGGCCCACAGAGGAAGAAGCAAAGAGUGUCCCCAACAUCAUAAAGCAAAAACAGAAAAUGGCCUGGAAGCGGCUGCCACUGCCCAUGUCACCAGAAGUGGCUCUCAAGCACUUCUUCCAGAGCUUGACCAGCUUGGAGCAGAAGGAGAUCCUGGACUUCCCAGACAUUUGGUAUCUGGGCCUGUGGGCAGAGAGGAAAAGGGGAGAAGAGAUACCUGUGGACUCUAAGCAAAACAGCUCCGUCUAUGAUGAUGCAAAGUUUGUCUAUAUCCCGGUACUGCAUGACCACAUUGUCUACCGCUAUGAGAUUCUGGAGAAGCUUGGGCAAGGAUCAUUUGGCCUGGUUCUGAAAUGUCUGGACCAUAAGACCAAAGAGCAGGUGGCCCUGAAAAUUAUUCACAACCAGAAGAGUGCCAACCGCAUGGCCCUCAGGGAACUGGAGAUCCUGGAUGUGAUCCGGAAGGAAGACAGCGAGAACUGCUAUAACGUCAUUCACAUGAAGGAACACAUGACCUUCCGGAACCAUAUCUGCAUUGUGUUUGAGCUCCAGGGAAUGGACCUGUACAAGCUGAUCAGGAACAACAACUUCCACGGUUUUACCUUAUUCCAGACACAUCACUAUGCUGUCGCGUUGGUCACCAGCCUGCAGAUGCUGCACAGGAAGCAAAUAAUCCACUGUGACCUCAAACCGGAGAACAUCCUUCUGUCAGAGAAAAAACAUGGAAAUAUCAAGUUGGCUGAUUUUGGGUGCAGCUUCUAUGAGCACCAGAAAGGGUACACCUAUGUUCAGACACGGUUCUACCGUGCCCCGGAAGUGAUCUUAGGCAUUCCCUAUGGCACUGCCAUCGAUAUGUGGAGUCUCGGCUGUAUCCUGGCUGAGCUCAAUACAGGCUACCCGCUGUUCUGUGGGACCAACGAGGUGGACCAGCUUGCCUGCAUCAUGGAGGUGCUGGGAAUGCCCCCAGAUGACAUUGUUCAGUUAGCACCCAGAAAUAAGGCAUUUUUUGAUUCUGAGGGCCAGCCAAAGAACUUAACAAGAAGACCACCAAACUCCAGGGACCUGGCCAGUGUUUUGAAGAAUGUGGAUUCCCUAUUUUUGGACUUCAUGAAGCGCUGUCUUGUGUGGGACCCUGCUGAGCGUAUGACCGCAGAGGAGGCAGCACAACACCCGUGGCUUCUGAAGGGGAAGGUCCCUCCUCAUUGCCAUCAGGACCAUGAGGAACCAGAUGCAGGUGCUGAGAACUAAGAGCAACCUCACUGCCUGCCAGUGGAGAUCUGCUGAGGGCAGGGCCAAUCAGG